GUCACUAUGUGUAAUGUUGCUGCGUCUUGUGGGGAGUUGUGAAUGACAGAAGGGACAUUAAAGUGUUUGUGGUGGGAAAAUCACAUCAUGCCGGAUCUAGUCACUCAUCAGUUCCUGCACCAGUGACCUCAUUCUCUAUGGGAUAUUGAAGACCCUUGGGAGAAGAAGCUUGUUUUGCGAUGCAGCGGUUUGUGAGUGCCAGUGUCUUCAGGCAGACUGCUGUCCUGCUACAGAUCCGUCCUCCGUCCUGUAGCCGGACCGCACAGAGGCCGCAGCUGUGCUGGAAACACCCACGAUGGCUCAGCAGCUUCAGUGCGCUCUGCUCUCCGGCCUCUCAGAAGGACACCAGCGGUGAUCAUCUGUUAAACUCAGCUCCAGUACAGGAGGAUCCAGACCCUCUGCAGGACAAAUCCAGCGGCCUCAUUCAGAGAUUCAAGAAAACCUUUAAGCAGUAUGGCAAAGUCAUGAUCCCCGUGCACCUGUUGACAUCUACAUUGUGGUUUGGUACAUUUUAUUAUGCUGCAAUGAAAGGAGUGAAUUUGGUGCCAUUUCUUGAGUAUGUUGGGUUUCCUGACAAGGUUGUGAAACUCUUGGAGAACUCUCAGAGUGGCUAUGCACUGACGGCAUAUGCCAUGUACAAGAUCGCCACACCUGCGAGGUACACCGCGACUCUAGGAGGAACGUCCCUGUCCGUGAAGUACCUGAGGAAGCACGGCUACAUGUCCACUCCUCCGCCCGUGAAGGAAUACCUCCAGGAGAAGAUGGAGGAGACCAAAGAGAGGAUCUCUGGGAAAAUGGAAGAGACCAAGGACCGUUUCUCCGAGAGAAUGGAGGAAACGAAAGACAAGUUCACUGAGAAACUUCAAGAAACCAAAGACAAAGUGUCUUUCCGAAAGAAAAAGGAAUAGGUUUAUAUACCUUUACGAAAGGUCAUGAAGUGACUUUAUCUUCCCAUAAUGUCAGGAAGAUUCACGUUAUUUAACAGUAUAAUACACUUUAAGGAAAGCAACCCGUCUUUAGUAUUUUUAAAAUAUUAUGUUCUACACUCACUGUUCACAUUAGAGUUUAAGUCUAAACUAUGACAAAAAAAUGUGGUAUUCUGAUUCAUAAAUUGACCAUAUAUUUACAGCACAGAAGUCUACUGAAAGGCAUUGGACUUAACUUGAAAUACCUUUUAAAAGAUGAGAGUGUGUUUUCUAAAGAGAACAGCAAGUGUAAUGCACCCAAUAUUAUAUAUUUAUUCCUUUGUUACCUUACAAAUAGCACUGCCUCUUUCAAUUCUCGCAUAUAUUAUGGAUUGAAGAGAGUACUGACGUGUCACACAAGUUACUGAGAAUGAAAUGGUCAUGUUGUAAAAUCUUGAAAAUUGAUUGUAAUUUUAGUUAUUAUGCAAAGUCAGAAAGUUGUAAAAAAGUUGUACUGUUGCUUAUAAUGCAGGGGGAAAAAAAUCAUAAAUUGUCCUGAUAGUCAUUCUGGAAAUCAUCAAACUUUACAUCCUGUUUCUGCCAUAUUCAUGUUUAAUUUACGCAACCUAAAUAUUUUUCAAAGGCCUGUUUUUGUUUUAAAUGAAGGUUGAUAAUUGAACUUCCGCUGCUGAUGAAGCAUUUAGACUGUUUGAUGGGACUUUGAGGCCUUUGUGUCUGUUGAAGGAUGUCCUACCUGGCUGUCAAUCAAUAUUGACAAUAAACAAUAGUGUUUUGAUGUGUGUAUUAAA